AACAGCAAAAAUAGCCAACAAUUAAUGAAUUAAUGAGCACACAAACAAAAUGCACAUGAAGAAUGGAAAAUUGCAAAAAAAGUUAUUUUUUUACAGUUUUUUUUUUUUUUACAAACCUUGGUUGUUCAGACAAAAGUUAAAAACGGAACAAAGUAAUAUUGUCCCGUAAAAUAAAAUAAAUAAACUAUAUAAAAAAAGAUAAAAUAAAAACCAUAAAAAAUUAAAACAAAAAAAAUUAAACCGUAAUUUCAAAAAUUACUUGUCUAAUAAUUCAUUAGCAUUCAUGUAAUUAUUUAUAUUUAUAUAUUAAAUCAAAUAAAACAAAAAUCAAAGCCUGAACGUGAACCUCUACUGCAUCAUGAACCCGCUCGGAUGUGAACGCGCCGCUCGCUCUCGCGAUCACUCAUCUGUAAAAACCUGCAUCGUCCGCGACCAUCUCCUCCGCCUCAGUCCGCUCAUCAUCACAUCCUCAUCAGGGAGAACAUCCGCGGGCAGAAAGAGCUCAGGAAUGAACCAGGUGAUUGCAACAUGCUGGACUUGCCUCCUGCUCUCUGCCUUCAUGUUUGAGCCUGCUCUGUCAAAAGGAGGUCGUGGUGGCUCCCGGGGCUCCUCACGUGGAUCUCCCUCUCGCAGCUCCACAGCAGGGACGUACCGAGCGGGGGGCCCCGUGGGUGGGACCCGCUCCCGCUUCAGGGUUGCAGGGCGCACGUCCCCGGUGAGGGUGGCGAGUGCAGCGGCAGCAGGGGCGGCGGUGGCGUUGACGGCAGACAAAUGGUACGCGUCUGCCUUCCGCCGCAGCAACAGCGACAGCUCUGACGAAGACCUGGAUUACUACAACAGGACCAACUACUUUGAUGCACUGAUGUCAAGAUCCAGUGAGAAGGGAUCUUUUUUUUCCAAAGUGGUUUCUGUAAUUAUCGCAACAUUAUACCCAACAUAUGAACUCUUAUUGGACAAUAUAGUGUAGACGUUUGAGCUGAUUUUGGAUGUUUUUGACUAAACCUGGGAAAAAAGCUGUGCUGGAAUGCACAGUGCAACGGUGAUGAAGGAAUGCAAUCACAGAAACUGUACGUUUUUACACAAAACCAUUUAUACCAGUAGGGAAACACAUAUUCUGUUUAAAGUACACACAUUUCACCUAAAGUUUGCACAUUUGUCACAUUUUUAUUUCCUCUAAAAGAGAAAAACUUUCAGUUGAAAGCCAAAUCAGUGUUUCCUGCCAAUAGAAGCUGCACUGCCAAACUAUAUUUUCAUGGUUUUCAUAUUUAACAGUUUUAUGGUUGUAAAGAAGUGAUUUGUUAAAAACUGAAGUACAAGAAAAAAAAAAUCACCAGCAUCUUUUUUUUUUGUUUGUUAAAACUGUAACCACAUUUUUUUUCCAUCAACUAGUUAUAAAAAAUAUGAAUAUUUUUAGAAUCUACAGCCUCAAACCACAUUACCUUUUCCCCCAAACUUGUCAGUGUGAAGGUGACAUUCCCUUAAAAGACUACAGAACAAAUGAACUGUUUUUUAAAGCUUUUGUAACACCCUUAUUCAUGUCUUUUUUUGUUUUAAACCUCCUUUCCACUCAGGAGCAGACUGUUCCAAAGCUAUAAUUGCACUCCAUUAGAUCCUGCAAACACUUCUGUACAUAAUAAAGUUUGCUAUCACUGUCUUUAUGCUAAUAAAUAUCCUGUUUACACUGACA